GCGCUUCCGACAUGCGCCUUAAGGAGGACAUACACGCAAAGCUGCAGACGGGGGAAGACUACGGCGCAGAGCGGCUGGCGUUUGUGGCAGACACAGAUCCUGCCGAACACCUCAACCCCGGCCGCCAUGGGGAGUGGACGACUGCCUCUGGGCAGGGACCCCCCGCUGGCCCCACCUGGGGGGUCACCUCCAUUCCCCCCGGCGUAGAUGCCAACGACCCACAAGUGCGCAACAUCAUGCGCCAGCAGCAGCUGCGCUGACAUUUGCUGCUUGCACGCGCCUGUGUCUGGGCGCUCGCAUGCAGUAUGUCUGGACUUUGGAAGUCCAGACAUACCUUGACAUAGACAAGGUAUCUACCAACGGGGCUGUCUUGGUUGGGGCAGCCUUGCCUGGCUGGCGGUCAGCAUCCAUCAGAUCAAAGCUGUGACCAAUGAGAUGCUGCGCCUGAUCUGACGUGGUCCCAAGUGAAGAGUUUGUGAAGCAGUUUGACGGCAAAAUUAAUCUGCUGGAUGGUCCUGCAUCAAGGUAGAUGCAGCUAUUACGCACGACUUCAUCGAUGCUGCAAGAUGAUGCCUUGUUUGUGUAAACGAAUACGUAACAGAGGAAUC